UCCUCCGAGUCGUGUUUGGGAGAGGUAGACAGAGCUACAUGGGAACCUAUUAGAUAACCAAUUGUCAGCUACCUCACAGGGGGAGAGAGAGAGAGCGAGUGAGCGAGUAAGAGGGGAAGUUAGAGAGAUUGUUCUUGCCAUGGUGGACACACAGGAAUUCCAUUCAAACCCAGCCCUGCAAGUAAUAAACAUGGCAUACAGGAAGGUGCGUGCCGGCCAUGGAUCUCUUCGUGUGCGAGAUCUGGAGAGUGAGGAGCUGCAUGCCCCGUCUCUGGACUUGGAAUGGGACAUGGAAAAGGAACUGGAGGAACCGGCAUUGGACCGCUUUCAGCUGGAGUGUGUGGAGCAUCAACCUGUGAGCAACUCUUCUGGCGGCGCUAUGGACCCGGAUCUGGAGCCAAUUCAGCCCUCUGUAUCUCCUCACGGACGCUUUGAGCGUCUCCAGGAGGAUCCAAAUUACGUAACUCGUUUCAGCCGGGCGGUACCCAAGGGUCAGAGGCAGAGUUGGACCUGUCUGGCCAAAUAUCUCCUGGCGGGGCUGGGUGUGUUUGUUUUGGGACUGCUCAUUGGACGUUACACUUUCAGCAAGGAGCAAGUGACGGUAGAGCCGAGUGCAGACACAGAUGUGUUGGAGAAGAUUGUUCAGGGAAUCACAGCAGAGAAGAUACAAGCACUGCAGAGGGACUUUGACAGCUUGUCCGAGCUCAAUGAGAUUUCCAAAGUGAAGUACAUCUCUCAACGGUGGGAGGAGCUUGGGUUAAAAGUCAAUCAGGUGACCAAUCACACAGCUCUGUUGAGCUAUCCUGGACCCGCCCUCAGCACGAUUGUUAUUAAGGGCAGUAAGCAGUGUUACGUACCCAGCGGAGCGAGGUGUGACCAGCCAUCCACAGCUGCAACUGAACUGCUUGGAUUUGCUGCCUAUUCAGCUGUGGGAACUCUAGAGGCAGAGGUUGUGGAUGUUCAGUAUGGAAGCCCAGAAGAUCUGAGACGUGUCCAAACCAGUACAAAUGUGACCAAUAAAAUUGCACUACUGAAACUCGGACAAGCACCUUUGAUUUACAAGCUCUCUCUCCUGCAACAGCUGGGGUUUGGUGGAUCUCUCCUGUAUGUGGAUCCAUGUGAUGCCCCUUUUGGGCAGAAGACCUUUGGUGUGACUCUAAACCCAGGUGGAAAUCCAUCUUCUCAAGAAGCCCCCAAAACCACUGGAAUAGACAAGCGCCAUAAUCUGACAUCAUUGCUGGUUCAACCCAUCUCUGCCUCCUUAGCAAAACUCCUGCUUUCUGAUACUGCCAUGGGGCAGGGGAGACCCUGCAUCCCCAUAGCCAUGCACUCAGCCUCAGCGAGAAAAAUCAUUAAUCUCACAAUUGAAAACCAAGCAUCCUUCAAAACAGUGCACAAUGUCAUCGGAUAUCUCAAAGGCAAAACCAAUCCAGAUCGAUAUGUACUGGUUGGCAGUCGUCAUGGCAGCUGGUACGAUGGUGCGUUGGCGGAUUGGGGGAACGGCGCUGCAGUCCUGACACAGAUCAUCGCCUCCAUGACGGCUCAGACCCGAGCGGGCUGGCAGCCCGACCGCACCAUCGUCUUCUGCUCCUGGGGAGGAACCUCAUUGGGAAACAUCGGCUCAUUUGAAUGGGGAAAGGAGAAUGCGGUGGUGCUUCAGAGCCGGGCGGUGGGCUAUGUCAGCAUCCAUAGUCCAGUCAAAACCUCCGGGUCCUUGCAGUCUAUAGCAUCACCUUCCCUUCAACAACUGGCAUCUGACAUCCAGAAGAAACACUUAAUGAGUUGCAGUAGAGGUGGUGGUUGUCCAGGGCCAGAUGUUAGCUCACUGCAGACACCUGGAGAUUCGGCUUUCUUCUCCAACCAGCUCGGUAUCCCCACAGUGGAGUUCACAUAUUCGGAAAUUCCCAAAACAGAGGGAGGUUACUUUCUCUCUGAGGCCUUUUACCCUCCCGAGUCUUCAUUAAGAGAGACCUUGGAUCCAGCUUUCACACUCCAUGAGACUGUUGCCAAGAUAACAGCCGAGGUCAUCCUGAGACUCGCUACUGAUCCGGUUCUUCCAUUUUACCCUUUGGAUAUUGCUCUGGAUGUGCAGAACAAACUCAAAGAUGACCCAUUAAGCCAGCCAGAUCUGCUGACGGUGGCCGCCUCUUUGAGGGAGAACUCAGCAUUCUUUCAAUCGGAGGUCAUGCGUCCUGCCAAUGACCCAAAAGAGAGAGAUCCAGCCCACGUGCGAAUGCUUAAUGAUGUCCUCCGAGAUCUAGAAAAGAGCUUCCUUAUACCACACCCACCACCUGGCUUGUACAGGAACAUUCUCUACGGUUUCAACAAACAAACUCCACAAUUCUCUAUCCUAAAGGAUGCUCAAGACAUACCCUGGCACGGCAGUGUCAACCAGCCUCUGACACUGGUGUCCCGUGCCAUCAGUUCAGCUGAGAAACUUGUACAGAGUGGACUUGACCUCUUCGAGAAUGACAAUGUAAUUUAAGAAAAACAUCUUGAACCAACCUCACCCCAUGGUAUCUCGAUGUCUCAAUAUGGCACAACCUCUGGG